AUGGAUGAUCUCAGCGGAUUGAGCUGGACUACCAGCUCCAGCACGCCCAACAGCAAACCCCCUCCUAUGUCAUCUGGCUCCCAGAUCCUGAGCAUGCGCCAAAAUGGAAACUCUGGUCAAGCAACACCAAUGUCCAUGGCUUCAAACCGAUCCAGCUCGCCUUACAAGCCAUCUGCGACAUCGGGAGACAGCUUCGCAAAUCUAGUGUCCUUCAAUACCUCAGGGACCAAUAAGAAUUUAUCACUACUUGAGCAACAGAAGCGGUUGCAGGAAGAGAAGGCCAAGAAAGCGGCGGAGGACAGGCAGCGAUAUGAAGCGCAAUACGGUGGUCAAAACGCACAUUUCUGGGACAGCUUGGAACACGGUCGUACCCCGAGUCCUGCGGCGGCUACGAGUACCAAAAUCACGUCACCGGCGCCCGAUGAUGAUGGUGAUCUGUUGGCGGCUUUCAACGCUGCAGCUCCGGUGGACAGCUCCACUCAUUUUCCGAUACCAAGCUCUAACCCUUCACCCGCGACGAAUGCAAGCUCAUGGCGAGCAACGCCAAGCGGGGGCUCCGUGGUGCAGAACACAUCUGGAAAUUUAGACACGAUGGGUGAUGACGAUGAUGACCCCUUUGGACUCAAUCAGUUGAAACCCAAACAGGUGCCUGCCCAAAUGCAAACAACAGUCGAUGACGACGACGAUUUCCUCGGACUGCUCGGAAAACCGGUAUCAGAAGUUCCUCGUGCGCCUUCGCCUAGCCAGAUGGCUCAGUCCAGGGUGGACCAGGACGUUGGUCACCAAACUUCAAAGGCGUCAAAUACUCUCGACCGUGCUAUUGCCGAAUUAGUUGACAUGGGAUUCCCGACGGACAAAUCACGAGAGGCUCUAAUGACAACGGCAUCGGGAAAUGAUGUCCAGGCGGCUGUCAGUUGGCUCCUCACGCAGGCACACGCAGAGGCAAGACAAAAGUCGCAAGGACGAUCCCCGACAGUCCCUCAAUCGCACAAUCGUACCGAACGGACUGAGAGUCGAAACCGCGAGGGUCCGUCGUGGAUGAGGGAGAGUAGAUCCCAGCCUACUCGAUCGCGGGAGGACAGUCGAAGCCCCAGUAAUGGUGAAAGAGAUCCUGCCCAGAUAGCCUCACAGUUGGGCAACAACUUUUUGAAAACGGCAGGUUCUCUUUGGAAAACUGGUAGCAAGAAAAUACAGCAGGCCGUGAACGAAUUUAACGCGGAUCAUGAUCCCAGCCAGCCGAAGUGGAUGCGAGAUGUAUCAGUGGCCCGCGACGAGCCGUCUCCUGGGCAAGCCCGACGUGGAGACUCAAGGGAUCAAGUGCAAGCGCAGCCCCAAAACUUCACGAAUGAAGCCCUUCUCCUAGAAUCUCGCGAUUCUGGGCCACGUCGGAAACCGGCACAAACGCAAGAUCGCCACCAACCAGAGCUCGCUCGCAAUGCUCCACCUCGUCAGCUCUCGCCUGUUGUCCAAACCACACAACAAGCGAAUUUCCUCCAGCGACCAUCUCGCCCAGGCUCUACAGAUCCGAAGCCGCGUCUCUCCAGAUUUGCUGCAGAGGAGCAGUCAGCGCAGGCUUAUGUUAGUCCGGCGAGACGACGACGGCCUCAGCCGCCAGCCCAGCCGUCGGCGCCGGAAGUUGACCUCUUUUCCUCCCCUGUGCCCUCAGCAAAACCAUCAAAUAGCAGCUCCCGGCCCCCAGCACCAGCACCUUCGACGCCCUCGGCUGCCCUCCCAGUACGAGUGAAAGCCCCGUCUCGAUCGAUUCCAUCCGUAUCCGCAGAGGCACUUCAAUCAACUCAUCGCCAUCGAGAGCAGGCUGCGGCUGCUUACAAGCGUGGGGAUUAUGCGACUGCGCACCAAAGCUUCUCGACCGCCCUCGACAUGCUCCCUGACAAGCAUCCCAUAACAAUUAUUAUCCGGAGUAAUCGAGCAAUGACCGGUCUAAAGAUUGGUGAGCCCAAGGGCGCCAUUGACGAUGCUGACGUGAUUUUGAACUUAAUUGGACCAUCGAAAGGCGAGGAUGAGACGAUCGAUCUUGGAAAUGGAGAGGCCCCUAAGCCCAUGAAAGAAUUCUUUGGCAAGGCGCUCAUGCGUAAGGCUGAAGCCUUAGAACAGCUUGAACGAUGGGCAGAUGCUGCACAGACCUGGAAGUCGGCGGUCGAAUCAGGGCAUGGUGGAGGCACCAGUAUCCAGGGUAGAAACCGAUGCGAAAAGGCUGCUGGCAUCAGCAAAGCGCCCUCGACGCCUUCAGCUCCAGUUCGGAAGCGACCGGUUCCUGCACCUAAGCGCACCUCUGCGCUCUCUGAUUUGACUGGCAGCACAAGUCAAAAUUCAGAGGCCGUAAGACGGUUACGACAAGCCAACGAAGCAGCCGAGCGUGCGGAUGAGGAAAGGUUCGCGCUCACUGAAAGCGUCGACGCGAGGAUCGCCGCCUGGAGAAACGGAAAACAGGAUAACUUGAGGGCUUUACUUGGAAGCUUGGACAUGGUGCUUUGGCCCGAGUCGGGAUGGAAAAAGAUAAACUUGUCGGAACUCGUCCUGCCAAAUAAGGUCAAGAUUCAGUACAUGAAAGGAAUUGGAAAAGUUCAUCCUGACAAGAUUUCGACAACUGCCACUACGGAGCAACGCAUGAUCGCAGGCGCUGUAUUUGGUACCCUCAAUGAGGCCUGGGACAAGUUCCGAGCCGAGAAUAACCUGUGA